AUGGCGAUAUCAACGGCAAUCCGCAUAGCUCCCUCACGGGCAGCUCGCGCUGUGAAUCUUCUGCGCACCGUCCAAUUCACUCAUCCACCAUCGUGUCCAUGUCACUCAAACUCCAAUUACCACAACCAAACACCGUCCACUGUCCAGCAAGCGCGACGACACCUUGCCACGCCUCUUGACCACAGCCAGCAAAAGGAAUAUGCCUUCGAAAUGGCCGCUUCAUCGAUCCGCUUUGGACCAGGGUGCACAAAGGAGGUCGGCAUGGACUUCAAGAAUAUGGGUAGCAAGAGAGUCAUGGUGGUCACGGAUCAGAAUGUGCGCAAGCUAGAUGCGAUGAAACAGGUCAUACAUGGGCUAGAAAAAGAAGGCGUGCAGUACGAGGUAUUCGACAAGGUCAGGGUAGAGCCCAAGGACAGCAGCAUAAAGGAAGCCAUUGAGUUCGCGAAGCCGUGGCGGCCAGAUGCCUAUCUGGCUGUGGGUGGUGGCAGUGUAAUCGACACAGCCAAGUUGAUGAACCUCUACACAUCCUUCCCUGAAGCAGACUUUCUCGACUUCGUCAACGCUCCCCUUGGCAAGGGCCUGCCAAUUCCUGGGAAACUGUUUCCGCUCGUGGCAGUUCCGACAACUGCAGGCACUGGCUCUGAAACAACGGGGACUGCCAUCUUCGAUCUCGUCUCUAGGCGUGCCAAAACUGGUAUCGCACAUCGCAACUUGAAGCCUACUUUGGGCAUAGUCGAUCCGCUGAAUACACGCACUAUGCCAUCCGCAGUCCACGCGUCCUCAGGCCUUGAUGUCCUCUGUCACUCCCUCGAAUCAUGGACUGCAAUCCCCUACUACGAGCGUGUACCACGCCCUACCAAUCCCAUCAACCGCCCGGCAUAUCAGGGCGCAAAUCCAAUCUCGGACAUCUUUUCCCUCCAAGCAUUGAGAGAUACAGUGAAGUACCUCCCACGCGCGGUCAAAGACCCUGAGGACCACGAAGCGCAAUCGCAGAUGCUCUUGGCCGCAACGCUUGCUGGUGUUGGUUUCGGCAACGCAGGUGUGCAUCUCUGCCACGGCAUGUCGUAUCCCAUUUCUGGCCAGAACCCUGGCUAUAAACAUGCUGGCUACAACGUAGACCACACAAUUAUCCCGCAUGGCGUCAGCGUCGCGGUAACUGCACCAGCAGUGUUCAAAUUCACAGGCGCGUCGAAUCCUGAACGCCAUUUGGCAGCCGCGGAGGCCUUCGGUGUGGACAUUUCAAACGUUAAGAGGGAGAGUGCCGGUGAGGUGUUGAGCGAAGCACUCGCGGAGUUUUUGAUCAAGCUUGGAGAUCAGCCGAGAGGCUUGAAACACCUGGGUUUCGGAAAUGAGCAUCUAGACCAGCUUGUUGAGGGCACCAUUCCGCAGGCGCGAGUGCUGAUGCUCGCACCGAGUUUAGACACGCAGAAUAUCGAUGAGGAGAGAGAGCAGUUGAGGAAUUUGUUCGAAGAGUCAAUGGAGUACUAG